AUGCCCUAUCGCCGCAUCAGUAAUGACCUCAAAGAGUGUGCGCUGCGUUUGUGGAAUUCCGGAUGGGAGUUAGAAGAUGUUUGCGCUGCUCUUGGUGUCUUACCUCGCAGCUGCUAUCACUGGCAGUCCAUCAUGGAAAGGGACGGCGCUGUAGAACGACCACCUUCACCACUGAGGGGACGUGCUCGGACGACAACCAGGGCAGUGCUCAAUGCAAUGGAAGACCUUCUUAUGGAGGAUUCUGACCUAUUUCUCGACGAACUUUCUACCUGGCUUGCAGUUGGCCAUGACAUCACUAUCAGUAUCUCAGCACUCGGUCGCACCUAA